CAGUCAAAUCGAAUUCCGGCGGUCAUGAGCUUAUAUAUGAGGCUGCAGCUGGUUUAACUGGAAACAUUUGUGGUCCGUCGACUGUUCGAGAUCAUUGCACACGACUGUCACAAGUCAUCAGCAUCGAGGAAACCGGAGACCAGGUGGGAACCCAGUGAGAACCAGUGCCAACAUGUUGCUGCCCCCGCACCAAGAAGCCUGCAACCCCGGCUUCUGCGACUGCCCCUUUCCCAACUCCAUGGAGGUGACCAGCCACAAGGGCCACAUACCCGACCUGGUUCGGUGCCGCUGCGGCGAGGAUGAGCCCGGCAAUGCGAGUCCCUGGAAGUGGCAUGCCACAGACGAAUCGGAUGCCAUUGUUACGGACAGGGACGUCAUCUUCCAUCCCACCUACAGCCAGGGCACGGCGAUUGUGCGAGGAGAACGGGCCCUAAAACCUGGCAUGGUCCACUUCUGGGAGAUGCGCGUCAUCACGACGCUGGCCGGCACAGAUGUGAUGUUCGGGAUCGGAACGGAGAGCGUUAAUCUAGGGCAGUUCAAGUUCCACUUUGUCUCGGCACUGGGCACCAAUGCCCAGUCCUGGGGCUUCUCGUACUCCGGCCGUAUCCAGCACUGCGGCGAGCAGCUGCCCUACGGCCAAAAGUUCUCGCAGGGCUGCCUGAUUGGAGUGUGCUUGGAUCGGACGCGGGGCCAUCUGGAGUUCUAUCUGAACCGCCGAUCGCUGGGAGUGGCCUACACCAAUGUGCCCACGGAUCCGGAUGUGAACAUAUAUCCCAUGGUCUGUUCCACGGCGGCCAAGUCUGUGAUAAGGCUGAUCAACUGCACGUCACAGCCGGUGACGCUGCAGUUGCGAUCCUUUCAAGCUCUGUCCCGGCAGCCGCUGAAGCUUGCCGAAUUACGUCAGAUGCCGGGCCUCAAGGGCAUUCUGCAAUCCUACUGGUUCCUGGCGCCGCCAGUUCGUUACUCGCGCAACUCCCGCGAAGAAGAAUUGGAUUUGGGCGACGAGGCAGUGCUCUCCAGCUCCAAGCUGAGGCUGGGACGCAAGCAAAAAUACCGAGAAACGGACGAUGCAGGCGUUGACGACGACGACUUGUACGCCAAUGCCCACAAGAUCACGUUGCGGCGCAGUGAAAGCGGUGACGAGGAGCGCACCGCUUCCGUCCACGAGAUGUGCGACGAGUACUUCCACUACCUGCUGUAGGACCUAGAAACCAUAUCAAAAUAUUAAAUUAUGCAUUUAUGUGAAGGAUCGUCAUGAUUAAUGUUUUAAGUAGAGCUGUUAAAACAACGCUUAAUCUGCGUUACGUUAAGCGGCUGAAAUAUAUUUAUUUAAAUAGCCGUCUUCGAAAUUAAAAGAAACUAAAUCAUAA